AUGUCCGCGGGGUCGGGCGAGAGGCAUGUGGUUAUCGCGCUCUGCGGCUCGGCGAAGAAGAAGCGGCAGUCCUUCGACAAGCUGCAGCGGUACGUAGAGGAGACCGGCAGAGGCAGAGGCGGAGGCGGCGGCGACGGCAACGCACACGUCACGUUUUCGUUUCUGGAAAUGCACUACGACGAGGGGCAAGACACGUUCUCGACGGUGGCGGGAAUGGACGCGGAUGUGGUGCUGCACAAAGUAAGCACGCUGCCUCCCAGUGCCGUGGGUGCUCUGCGUCGGUGGUGUGCCGCGGCCUCACAGCGGCGACGCCGCAGGCGCCUCCCGCCUGUACUCCUCGUAGACCCCAUGGAAACGACGCGGCUCGUCCUGCAUCGCUCGUUGACCUACAAGAUGCUGGAUAGUCGCCUGAAACGGCCCUUCUGCCGAAUUCCCUGCUCGUGGCUGUGGACACGCGACUGUGCGUCGCUGGUGCCCCUCGGCUUUUCCUCGCCUGGGUUGGGCGACGGGGAGGCCACGCCGCCGCCUGGCACGGCCCAGCGCCCGAGGGAGAAGUGGUGGAUAGCGAAGCCGGACCUCAGCACCGGUCCUCCCUUCACACACCACAUGGUCAUAUGGAAGGGCGUCCAGCCGGUGUCGGCCAUGCCGGAGGAGGUGCGGCGUCUGCUUCCAGCCGGCGGCAGUGCCUUUGUGGUGCAGGAGUUUUUGUCGCACGCGCUCCCCGUGGUCAUCAAGGUGUACUGCAUUGGCCGCCAUGUGUUUGUGAAGGCCGUCUCAACCACGCCGCUGCUGCGCCGCGUCCUCUCGGAAAUGGGGGGUCCCGUGUUCGUGGACUCGCAAAGUAAAUUUCCAACGGAGACCGGCUGGGAGAAGGAGGAGGCGUGCUGGCGAAGCUACCUCGCCGAGGGCGGAAGCGCCCACACUCAGUGCAGGGAAAUCGCCGAGGUUUUGGUGCAGGAGCUGGGGUUGACGCUCUUCGGGUUUGACCUCCUCCUGACGCCGGAACACGGGUCGCGGCAGGGCAGCAGUUGGCCUGGGGCAUCCGCCGCAUCGCAGGAGACGUCGCCGAACGCCGCGUGGCUUGACGCGCCUCUCUUUGAUGGAGCCACGGGUGCCCCCGCGGCGCCGCUGUGCUCUGCCGCCCCGGUGCUCGUGGAUGUCAACUACUUCCCGGGCUUCGCCGGCGUGGAGGACGCGGCUGCGCGCGUGUUGGACGUCGUCAAGUCAAAGGUACUGGGAACUCCCGUGGCGCAGAGACGGCACGUCUUGGAAAAAAAGCUGCUCAACUGCCCCAUUGCUGCUAAAGAGGAGAUGGAGGAAGAUACAUAG